AAGAAGAAAUUCCACAAGUCAAAAAGCCAUGAAAGACAGAAAGGCAUAGCUUGGAGAAUAAAGCUAAUGACCAUUUGCAUGUAUGCGGAACCAAAAGAUGAUAUCAAGAUUUAGACAGGAAGGAUAGUACUUUAUUUUGAUUAGUGAAUAUGACAAUAGCAUAUAGAAUCAUGGAAAUAAUAAUUUAGGAUAAGGAGGGUGCCUAAUUUAGGGAUGCAUCAAACAAAAAUGCAAUUUGAUUAAAUAUCAUUUUAGUUUGGUUAAAUUACAACCUGGUCCAUGAAUUUUGAUGGUUAUGUAUGUUUAUUUAGUCUUUAAACUAUUAAAAAAAAAUUCACUACCUCCCUUAACUUUGAAUUAUGAUCCUAUGUAUUUUUUUUCCAGAAUACCAUUAACUAAAUAAUGACGUUGGACGAACAUUAAUGGAUUUCGCAUGAUAUAGUAGACAGAUGACAGAAACAAGUAGAUAGCGCUUCAAAACAAAGAGACACGUGCAACAUUCCUUCUUUCUUUAAAAAAUAAAUCAAAUAUUCUUUUUGGAUCAUAUACUCUAUUUUGUCCAACUAUCCACUUCUCUUCAUCACAUUGCACCAAAUCAAUUAAUGUUUGUCAUUGUUAAGUUAGCGAUAUUACCAACAAAGCUACAAAGAAUUAUAAUAUAGAGUUAAGAGACAAGUUGAAUUUGUAAGUUAACCUCUUAUAUUUAAGAAACCAAUUUUGACAAGGUUGUUGUGCAUAAAAUUCCCACGUUUACAAUCAAAAUGAGAUUGAUGGGCAUGGUGGAACUAUUAAGUUGAGUCAUGAGUGGAAGGUAUCUUAUAUAGAUGGUUAUUGCCAACAUGAAACCAUUCACUUUUCCACAAAUCAAUCACUUGCAUUGACAUGAAGUUGACUUCAGAUAAUUAAAGAAAUAUUAGUUUUCAAAAGUAUGAACUACGAAUGCUGUAGAAAAAACACAAAAUCAAAGAAUCAAGGGAGUUAUCUCUUACCACAGGAAUGGAAUGACACGUGAGGUUGGACGCUGGUCGGUGGGUCUGGUUUCCACUGAUCAGAUAAAAAGGAGACGAGGCUUCUGUUUCCUAGCCUUUUAAGCUCCCUUUGACCCAAUCUUCUGGUUCUCUCUAACCUCUAUAAAGACCCCUCGGGACAAUCACAUCCAUUAUAGCCCCAUUUUCAUCUAAUCUAUCAUAUGAAAUUCAAAAGAAUGGCUGCCAUUUCCAUCGAUCCAAGGCUCAAACUCCAGAUGCCCAAAUCCCAUCUCCAGUGUGCAUCUACGGCAGAGGAGAUUGAAGGGCUUAUUCGAGUUUAUGCAGAUGGGCAUGUCGAAAGGCCCCCAAUCAUCCCAAAUGUACCCUGCAGCACCACAGCAUCAAACAAAGGAGUGUCUGCAAAAGAUGUUCUCAUAGACAAUUUCACAAACACUUGGGCGCGCAUAUACAUUGCCAACUCUCAACGAAAGCUCCCCCUUCUUGUUUACUUCCAUGGCGGUGGCUUUUGCGUUGGCUCCGCUGCCUGGAGCUGUUACCAUGAGUUCCUCCUCGAUCUAGCUUCCAAAGCAAAAUGCGCAAUCCUCUCCAUCAACUACCGUCUUUCACCUGAAAAUCGUCUCCCCGCCGCUUACGAGGACGGAUUCAACGCGCUCAUGUGGUUGAAACAGCAAGCAAUCAGCGAGCCAAAUGAACACAAAUGGUGGUUAGGCAAUUGCAAUCCAUCAAACUUGUUCCUCGCCGGCGACAGCGCCGGCGCUAACAUAGCAUACAACAUCGCCACACGGCCAGGGCUCAACGAACCCGCAACCCUAAAACCUCUAACCCUAAAGGGCGUAAUCCUGAUCCAACCUUUCUUCGGCGGAGAAUCGCGAACGAAAUCAGAAAAGCUCGCCGCUCAGCCCUCCACCUCCGCGCUAACUCUUGCCACCGCCGACACAUAUUGGCGCCUGUCCCUGCCGCCGGGGGCCAGCCGCGACCAUCCAUGGAGCAACCCGCUGGUAAAUGGCGGGACAAAGCUGAGAGAUACGAAGCUUCCGCCGUCGAUGGUGUGCAUAUCGGAGUUGGACAUACUGGUGGACAGAAACUUGGAAUUCUGUGCGGCCAUGGCUGCCGCCGGGAAGAAAGUGGAGAGAGUGAUUUUCAAAGGAGUUGGACAUGGAUUCCAAAUUUUGAACAAAGACCAAAUCUCCGCCAUACGAACCCAAGAAAUGAUGGUUUCUAUUCAGAAUUUCAUUCACCAAGUGGUCAAAAUUUAUUAGAUGAAUUGUGUGCUUUUUUAGUUUCCACCUGUGGUGAGUGAUACAUGUGGAGGUGAAUUUUGUGUUAGAAAUUAGUAAGAUUAAUACAAUAGAUUAUAUCCUAAAUCUUAAAAUAUAGUU